UCGCUUAAAAAAUCACGUAAAUCAAUAGGAUAAUCGAUUAAAACAUUGUAUUCUCGUAAAUCAUGUGCAUUAUUGUCUAGUCUGCACCAGCCGUUGAGGAAACGUUUCUUUUUGUGAACCUUAUUCAAAUAUUCACGCGCUUCAUUAAUUUUAAUUAGAGUAGUGAAGACCGUUGUGUAAUCUCUACGGGCUUUUGAACUUACAAGAUAUUAGUGACUGUUUUAUCGUCCUUGCGUUGUGAACAGUGGUUUUGUUUCUACUUGAAGCAACAAAUGAUCGUGUUAUGAUAAAUCUGGAUGGCAACAACAUUAGGAAUGCUUGAAGAUUCAAAAACCAUGAAAAAAUGUGGCCUCCAGAGGCAGUACAUAGUUUGGAAAGAUUUUGUACGUAUGGAAAUGUGAAUUAUAGGCAACGGCGGUCUCAGCCAUUGAAAAUAUCCUGCCUCAAAACGACCCCUCCACCAGAAGAAGAUAACAGAGGGUGUGUGGCAAGUGUCAGCGAAGGAAGUUUUUAUCUCCCAAUGAACAUGCAAGGGUUUGUCAAGCAACAAACGGCGCCGCAUGGGCCUCCCUACGCCCCACAUCCUUCGCUUGGUUCGGGCCUGGGUGGCGGCCUUUCUGGAAUGCCCAUGCCCGCGCUUGGAUUCGGUCUAGGACACCCUCUGGAAUCAGUCCAGUUCCCGCAAGUUUAUCCGUAUUUUGCAGGAGUGAAUCCACGAAAACAACGACGAGAGCGGACAACGUUCAGCAGAUCGCAGCUUGACAUAUUGGAAGCUCUUUUUGCCAAGACUCGAUAUCCCGACAUCUUUAUGAGGGAGGAGGUUGCCGUGAAGAUCAAUCUUCCCGAAUCGAGAGUCCAGGUCUGGUUUAAAAACCGACGAGCAAAAUGCCGACAACAGCUGCAACAGCAACAGAACAAAACAGCCGCCAGGUCUACCACGGCCCCCGCAAAAGUAAAAGCCAGCAAGCCGUCCCCUGCAGCUACGCCUCGUACAGUUGCCACGCCGACAGGAAUUCCGCCGCCUACGACGUCAGUGUCACCUCCAACGGUGAACAUCAAGAAGGAAUCUCCACAAAUGCAGACCUAUAGACCACCUGGGAAUAUCACUCCUCACGGCAGCAACACGUCUAGUUUGAUAACGACACCUUCGCCUUCGGCUUCACCACUGGCGUACCAACAUGAUUACAGUUCCUUCAACUGGCCUGCCAACGGGCAUGGGCACAAUACUCCGUCGCAUAACUAUUAUGCCCAAAACUAUGCCCCUACGUACUAUGGACAAAUGCAGCCUGAGUAUUUGAAUUCGCAAUCUACUCAGAACCACAUGCAAGCGAUGAAUAAUAUGGCUGGGACCUAUCAAAUGACAGGAUAUACUGCGAUGGGCAUGGCCACUCCUCACCAUCAGAAUUUCGGGCCACGGCAUCCGCCAGAAUGUGGUAACAUGGAAUUCGCGAACAUGGUGUAAUCACCUCGAGUACAAAUCGAUUUAGAACUUUGUUAGUGUACAUAUCAUCGGCGGACGCAAUUUUUUUUUUUGUGUAUGAGUGUUUGUGCAAAAACGGACACAUCUGACACGAAAAACGGCACUACCUUGGAAAUAAUGGUAAUCGGCAAAUAAGCAGUUUAUUUCGUCCAUGGGUUAAGCGAUUGUAACCCGAAUGGUUCUUGUAUAACAAAGUAGGUAGGUAGAUAAGUAUAUGAUAUGUUUGAUAUCAGAAUAACUGAUAACGUGCAUUUUACGUAGUAGACUAAAUUUAGAUUUGUAAAAAAAAAACAAAAAUAAUUUACAAAAAUGCA